AUGGUGCAACCUAAUCCUGAAAGCGAGCCCCGGGAAGAGCGCACGGCUCGAGUGGAAGUCGCGCUUCUCUCCGUCAUCUUCGUUACGGCUGGAAUCCUCAACUUCGGGCUCUUGCUGGUAUUGUGGAAGAGGCGAAAGCAGCUUUCCAGGAUGCACGUGUUUGUCUUUCACCUGUGCGUCGCCGAUUUGGUGGUGGUCUUUUUCCAAGUUUGCCCGCAGCUCAUGUGGCACAUCACCGACCGCUUCGUGGGUCCGGACCCCUUAUGUCGCGCGGUGAAGUACCUGCAGGUUGUCGGAAUGUUUGCCUCUACUUACAUGAUUGUCGCCAUGACCGUGGACCGAUAUCAAGCCAUCUGUCAUCCCAUGGUGACCUUCCAAAGGCACCGGGCGCGCUGGAACGCUACCGUGUGCGCCGCCUGGUGCGUCUCCUUUCUUGGCGGCAUCCCACAGGUGUUUAUUUUCUCCAGGGUGGAGGUGGCUCCGGGUGUGUACGACUGCUGGGCUCGCUUCAUCACGCCGUGGGGCUCGAAAGCCUACGUAACGUGGACCACCCUCGUCAUAUUCGUCUUGCCUGUUAUUUGUGUGAUAGUGUGCCAAGCGCGCAUUUGUCGCGCCGUGUACUCUUCCAACUUCCAAUUUAAGUCCCAGCACGUCGUGGAAGACGAGGCGAUCCGCAGAGGGAUUUCUACAAGAUCUUGCAGCGGGGGAGGAGUGUCCAAGGCCCGGGUAAAAACUGUCACGAUGACUGUGGUCGUCGUGCUUACUUACAUCAUCUGCUGGACGCCUUUCUUCACCGUGCAACUGUGGUCCGUGUGGGACCAUGAGGCACCCACGGAAAAUGCAACAUUCAUCAUCCUGAUGCUGCUGGCCAGUCUUAAUAGCUGCGCAAACCCUUGCAUCUACCUUGUGUUCAGUGUAACGUUUCCCAGAAGGUUGGUGGGCACGCUGUGCAGACGCCAGUAUCAUCGGAGGGAAUCGAUUCAGGAAGAAGCUACCACGGUCACCUCCCUUUUCAUCAAUCUCAAGAAUUUAUCAGACGCUAAUCAUUCACCUGCCUCAGGCAUUUUUUCUGGCAGCUGA